UCUGGACUCUAUAGCAGCAUCUGAUACAUAUCUGGUGGAAACGCUUGCUUGUUGUGAUGUUUGGUGAACUGUAAUGUCAAGGGGGCUGAAGCUGAACGAGCUCUCUACCAAUCAGAUCACUUCUGUCCCCCCUUGACACUGGACACAUGGAACAGCGCCAUCCCUCUCCUCCUCAGUUCACACUCACCUGAAGACACGUUCACCUGCAUUUCUGAAGCUGACUUCUGGAUUUUAGAUCGUUUUCGUUCCCGUUCAGGUGACGUACUGCCGUGAUUUGGUUCUGUUCUUAUGAGAUGCUAGUAAUUUGUUAGUGUACAGGAUUCUUUGUGACGUUAUCUCUAAUUUUUGAUCAGAAUAUCAAUUACACGUAUCAUAAAUGUUCACUGGGGGGAGGUUCCUGCUGUGUCUUUGGUGGGUUUUUCUGUUUGUCUUGAUUGAGCAGAUUUGCUGGUAAACACAGCACACAGAGGAUUUCAAAACAACAGCUUCUCCUGUAUUUUCUCUGCUGUUCUUUUUUUUCUUUUAACCUCCAGAGGCCUGAUCUCCAGGCAAUGGCAGGAUCGACUCACAGAUGCCAUGGUAACUUUCCACAAAGACGAGCUGCCCAGGUUCCACAGGGACUCGGGUGCAGAGUGCAGCUGGCUCAGGAGGAGGCCGUGUCACCAGAGACGGGUCAGAGUCUGGCAGCCGCAGCAGAGGAGGCGGCCCCCGCUGCAGGACACAUCUCUGGGUCUGGAUUCUGUGAGCUGGGGAAAGAGCCAAGCCGGUCUUGCAACAGAAAAUCUGGAUCAACCUCUUCAUCAUCUGGGAAAGUGGACAGUCUCCCUGAAGAAAGUGUCAAAUCUUUACUGAGCAGAAUGAGUGUUCACCCAGAGGCCCGGAGGAUUCUGGGUGAUUCUUUCGUUGCUGUGGUCAGUCUGGAGCGUCUGAACUUCCAGGCUGUGUCCUUAUCUUGUUUACAGCCUGUAGUGUCUCUGGUGCGACUGCCCUGCCAAAAACAACAGGACGUGUCUUUGAACUGUCCUCAACAGAUUGGAUUCAGUCCGAUUGAGGACGAUAUGUUGGAGAUAAAAGAAGAAGGAACACCCACGUUCUGGACCAAGCCGUUCUGUCCUGAAGGCUCUUUGUUUGACGAACCAGAACAAGACUCAGGCUUUGACUGUGACUCUAACCCCGAUCAGCCAUACAUCCUGUUUGACUCUGGAUCAGACGACGAGAAAGGUGAUCCGGAAACCUUUUACCUGGAUCCAGACCCAGAGCAGGCUGUGGUGAUGGAGCUGGAUCUGGACACCGAAGUAGGUCAGGACCGUCGUCUGAAGCUGGAGGAUGAGUCCGACCCUCAGUGUGAGGCGGCGGCGGCGGCUAUUUUGGAGCGGGGCGAAGAGCGGACGUCGGAUCUUUGCUGCUCAGUCAAACGGGAACCUGAAGAUGUGAAAUCUGAAGAGAUGGAGAGUGAAGAUUUUUGUGCCGUUUGUCUGAACGGAGGAGAUCUGCUCUGCUGCGACCGCUGCCCAAAAGUCUUCCACCUGUCCUGUCAUAUACCUCGUCUCAUCUGCUUCCCUUUAGGUGACUGGAUGUGUACCAUAUGUAGAUCAGACCAGGAACCUGCUCAAGCCUACGACUGUGAGAACAUGCACCCCUGUGGGACGGUCAAAGUACCAUACACUCUGUCCGACCUGGACCAGAGGAGGUGUGAGAAGUUGACUCUGCUGUUGUACUGUCACACACUCAGCGCUCCGUUUCAUGAACCUGUCAGCCCUCUGGCCCGAAACUACUAUCAGAUCAUCAAGAGGCCCAUUGACUUGUCAGUUAUUCAACGGAAACUGAACAAGAGCAACACUCUUCAUUACUUCACAGCAGAGCAGUUUGUGGACGACAUCUUGCUGAUGUUCAGAAACUGUGCUACGUUUAACUAUCCAGACUCAGAGGUGGCCCAGGCAGGUCGAAACCUGGAGGUGUUUUUCUUGAGCAAACUGAAGGAGAUUUUUCCUGACCGGACCUUCCCGACAGCCAGUCAGGACAGAACGAACAGAGCUCGGCUCCGGUGGUUCAACAGGAAGAGGAAGCAUGUCUUUGGUGGAAAAAAAUAUUAACUUUUAUCUACACACCAUUACUCUUGAUAGGUGUCUCAAUUAUAGAAAACUAGUUUUAUUUCCUUUUUACUGAUAAAAAUACAUGUUGGAAAACUUGACAUAUUUAAGAUAUUGUUGCACAACAUUAGAUUAUUUUUAUGCCUGAAGAGACAGACACUUUGAACAAAAACAAAUUGUUUAUGAUUUAAUAAAAAGUGUACAGUGUCUAUAUAUUUUUUUCUCCA